AUGUGCUUUAUUUACGGGUUAUUUAGUUUAGUUUCUGCAGUGGUGGGCGCGGCUACAGAUAACAAUAAUUACAAAGAUCAAUUCUGCACGGACCCCCGCACAAUGGAGCGGCACGAGGCGUACUCCGAGUGGCCCGACUCGUACUCCUGCACCCGACACCGCUGCCAGCCCGGCGGACGGAACUUGGCCAUAUACACUGUGGGGUGCAAGCGCGUGGAAGCGCCAGAGUCAGCCAUCGAGUGCGAGGAGGUGGUGGAGGACACCAACAUGCAGUUCCCUUUCUGCUGCACCAGACUACGUUGCUUGGUGGUGGUGAGGGGCGAGGUGUGGACGCGGGUGCUAGGGCAGCCCUGGGAGACGCUACCCGCAGCGCCCUGGAGCCACAUGUACAAGAUGAAGAAGCCUCCACCCGAAAAUGAUUUUAAGAAUAAAAACGCUGAACAAGGUCCUGUUUACGAGUUGCAGCGAGAGACAGAGAGAGACGAAGUAUUGAGGGCGUCCAAGAAGUCCUCUCCGACCACCGACUGCGACGACGGUGUCGCGCGAGCCGUGGCUGCGCCUGACAUCGUGAUAGCUUUAUCGACGCCAAAUGACGAGAAGAAGAAAAAGAAUGAAUACUCCAGGUUAACUUUUAAUAUUCUACAUUCAAUCGCCCCUAAUUUUCGACCUAACUUGACUGGAUUAUCUCGUUCUAGACACAAGAAGUCAAACACCCAACUCCCAACUCCCAACGACGCUGAUACGAACGAAGAGGAGCAUAUUGACAUAGAGCUAGAUGACUUGCCUGCUAAUGAAAAAACUACAUGGACAGAAAUACCCCAAAGCCAGUGGACCGUACACGAUCCCUCCAUGGACAUAGAACACGCUCAAAACCCGAGGGUGAGUCCCCGUUCCGAGAAACCAUCAGGUCUGCAAGCGCUGGUGGACGCCAUCGGCAACCGCAUGCGAGACAUCGAGAGCGUGGUGCAGAGGAUGAGCGAGAAGGUCCACAACAAGCAAGACAGCAACAACAAUGAGCUUAGCAGCGCUGAAAGAGUUAACAUUUUUAGAUCUGACGGAGAAGCACCGAAGAAACAUCAGAAGUCGAACGAUCAGGUGCACGAAGAAGAAGAAUCAGACAAGGAAAAGAAAAUAAGCGCUGACACUGAAAAUUAUAAAAGGUUCUCAGUGAAGGGUCGCGGCAGCCAGUACCUCCGCAGCGCGCCCUCGAGCGAGAAGCCGGCGGGCGCUGAUGAUGCCCUCAACGGAUACUUCAGCGAUGCCAGCAACAGCCUCCUGAGGAGGAGCCCUGGACUCAAGGAGCCAGUGGACUCGCCGCUAACGUACGUGGCGCCGGUGGAGAACCGACGCAAAUCCCACGACGUAUCGGAGGAAGACAAGAAACAUAAGAAACACUCGCACAAGAAGAAGCGAAAGGGCAAGAGUCACAAAAGACACCACAAAGAAGAGAAGAAGAAACAUUUCAACCGGCUGGUGUCGGCCGAGCUGGACAGAGUUUCCCUUGAAGACAGCGCCAUACUGUAA